AUGCCUUCCUCCUCCGGCGACGCCAUGGACGUUUCACCCGCCCAUACGCCGCCUGCCACCAAUACCUCGCCUUCAAGCCACAAUGACUACGACUCCAAGCUAAAUGGUCGCGCCAACCACUCUCCUCCCCACGACGCCUCGUCCUCUUCCGCUUCCAUGCCUGCUCCUCCGCCGUCAGCCGCAGGCGCCGCCCAGCAGCCCAAAAUUGUUCAGACAGCCUUUAUUCAUAAGCUCUACAACAUGCUCGAGGACUCGCAGAUCCAGCAUCUAAUAUCAUGGUCCGCCACCGCCGAAAGCUUCGUCAUGUCACCCACUGCCGACUUUUCCAAAGUUCUCUCCCAAUACUUUAAGCACACCAAUAUCUCAUCUUUUGUGCGCCAACUAAACAUGUAUGGCUUCCACAAAGAGCGAGACGUUUUCCACACUGGGAAUCCCGAUACUACACUCUGGGAAUUCAAGCACGGCAAUGGCAACUUCAAGCGCGGCGACAUUGCCGGCUUGCGCGAGAUUAAGCGUCGCGCCAGCAAGCAGCUCGGUCCCAAAGAAAACACAUACGUCAAGGCCACUUCCUCGCAGCCAGGCACCCCGGCCGAACCUGUUCAACUGCCUCCCGAGAGCACAGACGCCAGGCUUGCCCAUCUCGAGCAUAGCAUCUAUGACAUGAGUAACAGGUUACACAGAAGCGAGGAGCAGUCGCAUUAUCUGCAGCUCCGCAAUCAAGCUUCAUUGGAUACUUUAUCUCGCCUGUUGCAGUUUAAUCAGGACAUAUCGCGCAUUUUACUAUCCUUGAUUCCAGCCGACAGUCCUACUCACCGCGAUGUGGUGGCUCUACAAUCUGAUUUGCAACGGCAGGCCGAAUUUGUGCGCACCUUUGAAGAGCCGCCCGAGCCGCCCUAUUCUGUACCCAGAUCCUAUCUCGGCAAUGUGGACAAUGCACCAGUCUCGCCGAGACAAUUGCCACAAGACGACAGCCGUCGUACCGCACCAGGCAUAACCCAGUUGCGAGCCCAACCAUCCUACCGCCCACUAGUCUCGUCCAAUCUCACAACCAGCAGUCGCCGUUUCGGAUCCAUUGGAGGCAGCAGCCCUAAUCAGUCUUCACCGCUUCGCAAUGCAGCGCCGCCGCCACCGCCCGCACCUCAUCUACUCUCUGUCAACGAUCCACCCGGUAUGGGCAUGGGCCGUCGACAUACAGCCGCCGAUAUUCGCGCCCACGGGUGGCAGACUGGUGCAGCGCCUUACCCCUCGUCCAACCCGCCUUCUGCACCCUGGCCCUCGUCGCCCAAUCGAGUUCCUGUCGAGGACCAGCGCAUUCGUGAGUCGCUGUCGGCCUACUCUUUGCAAGGUGCCUCGCACGCGCACCCACGCUCACGUCCCACGACUCCUCCCCCGCCCUCUGCCAAUGGCGUAAGUAACGGCCACGACGCAUUCGCUGGUUGGGGAUGGAACUCCACCAGCAGUCGUGACGGCAGGGGACCACCAUUUAAGGACUCGUCAGCACCCGCUACCAGACGAGGCAGUAUGGCGCACAUUCUUAACCCUAGCAAUACCGAGAAUAGAUCCGACGAAGAUGACGACAUGCGCCUCGACGAAGAUCGAAAACGAAAGCGCAUGCAGUAA